ACUUUAAUAUAAAUGACAACUCUACAUUGAUUCUAUAUUAAAGGUUUUUUUUUUUCCUUUCUGGAAAGCCAUACUAAAUAAGUAGUAGAUAAGGACAGAAUUUGCCUCCCAAUCCCACUUAAAAUACAAAAAGAAACACUUCACAAACAAACUAUAGAUGACUUGCAAAGAAGUGGGGGAAAAAAGGACCAUUCAUUAGGCAGCUUUUGCAAUUUUUAUGCGCACAAAUAGUGUAAAAGUUGGAAUCUCAUUACAAGUUAUGUUGAGGUUUUGCGUUUAGCAACACUGCAUUAACAAAUUAAAAUGUAAAAAAGUUGAAAAGGAAUCACAAAAAAAAAAUGGACAACUACUUGUCAUCUCAAGUUGUUUUCGCAGUAAAAGAAAGAUUCCAGAUUACAAAGAACUUCUUUCCCAUUAAUUUCAUUCUCCUUGAUUAGUUGUGUGCCACAGAGAAGAACCAAAGAUAUAUAGAAACAGUAAAAACAUUAUCUUGGGAAAAGCAAAGAUAGCCUUAUUUUGGAAUGAGGAUGGAUAUCAUGCAAGUUGCUAGCUAGGGUUUUGUGGCCAUUUGCAAAGUAGCGACCCUCAUGCAUAUAAUAUCAUCUCCAUAUAUACCAACCACCAUGGACCAUGAAGAGGGGGUCACUUUAUUUGGCAAUGUCAUGAUUUGGACCUCCUUUGGUCCUUACCGCCCUUGAUAUUAGGAUUCCCCACGUUACCUAUUAAAUUUCUAAUGAUCCAGUAUUGACAGCUACCUAUUCGUAAGCGCUAAAUAAGUAAUAUAUUAAUUUGAAUUUUGUGAGCUAUUAAAUUAAAUAAAUAAUUUUUCAAUCAAUUUUAUGUGUAUUAAACAUGUUACAGAGAUAGUUUUAUUGGUGAACAUUAUCACAUAUAUGUUUUGCAUUGUACAGAUACUUAUCAAGAAGUGACGGUAAUGAUAACAGUUGAUACUUAAAAGAUAUAGAGAUCAUUCAUAACAAAAUUAGUUAUAGGUCGUUUCGGACGAAGCAAGAGCCAUGUAUAAUGGAGGAGUGGCUGGGCUAACAUUUUGGAGCCCAAAUGUGAACAUAUUCAGAGAUCCACGGUGGGGGAGGGGCCAGGAAACUCCAGGGGAAGACCCCACUGUAGUGGCCCAUUAUGCUGCCAGAUAUGUGAGGGGUCUUCAAAGCCCAGUUGGCAACCGGUUGAAAGUGGCUGCUUGCUGCAAACACUACACUGCUUAUGAUUUGGACCACUGGAAUAAUGUGAAUCGCUUCACUUUCAAUGCCAAGGUAAGCCAGCAAGACUUGGAGGACACAUACAACGUGCCAUUUAAGGCAUGUGUGUUGGAAGGGCAAGUUGCAAGUGUGAUGUGUUCUUACAAUCAAGUCAAUGGCAAACCUACUUGUGCUGAUCCUAAUCUCCUUCGUGGCACCAUUAGAGGCCAAUGGAGACUUAAUGGGUAUAUUGUAUCUGAUUGUGAUUCAGUCGAUACUUUCUUUAAUCAACAACAUUACACUGCCACACCAGAAGAUGCUGUUGCUGCUACUCUUAAAGCCGGAUUGGAUUUGGACUGUGGACCUUUUCUUGCCAUUUUCACCGAGCGGGCUAUUCGGGCUGGCAAACUUACAGAGGCUGACGUUGAUGCGGCUUUGACUAAUACAUUGAGAGUGCAAAUGCGUUUGGGCAUGUUUGAUGGAGCUACACAACCAUAUGGGAACUUAGGCCCAAGAGACGUGUGCACCCCAGCCCAUCAACAACUCGCUCUUGAAGCUGCCCGACAAGGCAUGGUUCUCCUCCAAAAUCGGGCCCGAUCACUACCAUUGUCCACCACCCGCCAUCACACCAUCGCUGUCAUUGGGCCCAAUUCUGAUGCCACUCAAACUAUGAUCGGAAACUAUGCCGGAAAUCCAUGCAAGUACACCAGCCCAUUAAAUGGCAUAGCAAGAUAUGCCAGGACAAUUCAUCAAACAGGGUGCAAUGGUGUUGCUUGCCAUGAUAACCACCAAUUUGGUCUUGCUGAGGCAGCUGCAAGGCAAGCAGAUGCUACUGUCUUGGUUAUGGGCCUGGACCAAUCAAUUGAAGCAGAAGCCAGAGACAGAUUGAGCCUGCUUUUGCCAGGAUCCCAGCAAGAACUUGUUUCCAGGGUGGCAAAAGCUUCAAGGGGCCCAGUCAUUUUGGUUCUGAUGUCUGGCAGCCCAAUUGAUGUCACAUUUGCGAAGAAUGAUCCAAAAAUAGCAGCCAUCUUGUGGGCUGGUUAUCCUGGUCAAGCUGGAGGCGCUGCCAUUGCUGAUGUCAUUUUUGGCACCAUCAAUCCAGGAGGAAAGCUUCCAAUGACAUGGUAUCCGGAGGAGUAUGUGCAUAAAGUGCCAAUGACGGAUAUGAAUUUGAGAGCGGAUCCGACGAGAGGAUAUCCGGGUCGAACAUACAGAUUUUAUAAGGGACCCGUCGUGUUUCCAUUCGGACAUGGUUUAAGUUAUACAAGUUUUAGAGUAACGUUAGCAAAUGCCCCGCCAAGUGUUCUCUCAUUACAAUUAAUAAGCAACAGUGUUCUUCACAACAACACAACAUUAAUAAGAAAUUCAGUUAGAGUCACGCAUAGUAAUUGCGAGGUGAUGAAAUUUAGGAUGGAAUUGGACGUAAAAAAUGUGGGAGAAAUGGAUGGUGCGCACACGAUGCUAGUGUUCUCUACACCACCGGCAUCAACAAGUGAUGGAAAGUGGGGUGUUCCGAAGAAACAAUUGGUGGCAUUUGAGAAAGUUCAUGUGUUGGCUAAGGCACAACAGAGGAUGAGGGUUCAUAUUAAUGCCUGUAAGCACCUGAGUGUGGUGGAUCAAUUUGGGAUUAGGAGGAUUCCGAUGGGUGUGCAUAGUCUCCAAAUCGGAGAUUUGGAGCACUCCAUAUCACUUCAAGAUCACCAACGGGCCUUCUUUGACUCCGCGGAUUGGGUUUUGUAUAAGCAGAGUGCAGGACUGUGCCAGGACCCAACAGUAGCUGUGGAGACAUUGAGGCCCAAGCUUCAGAAAACGCAACAUCAACAAUUGCCUCCAAGGAGACCAGCUUGUACCUCCGGCUCCGGAAGUGAUAGCUCAGCAAGUUCAUAA